AUGGCCUUCAUACGCCCCGUCAAGAUCCGCUUCUUCCCCCGCCUUUCUCGAGUCUCCCCUUGUUUCAUGCUCUGGGGUUUCUUAUUCUCAGUUUUGUUGACUGCCUCUCUAGUCUCCUUAUUCUUUCCCUGCCUCUUUUUUGAAUGUAUCACUACUCCCAACAACAACAACAACACCGAGGAUGACAUCAAGCCCUCUGAAGGACCCGAAUUCUUCUUCGACCGCAUCGCCCACUCCUCAUCACCCGCUUACCCCACCCAGACCAGCUCCCCACGGGCCCUCCAUAUCCAUCGCCGCCAAAACCCCAAAGACCGCCUCGACAAUGACGGCUUUCCGCAUUUCGGCGACGACGUCCCAGAAUCUCGGAUCUCCAAGAACGUCAACGUCCACGGCCAACCGAUCCAGACGGUGCGUCUAGACGACGUCCUCCCGUUUCCCAUGGGCACAGACAACUUUCCCAUGGGCACAGACAACGAGAUCCCGGGAGUGCUUGCGGCUUGUGCGCAACCUUGCAUGAAAAAGGCGGUGGAGCUGAAUACAGAUUGCGAAGAUUCGUUGGAUAUCGAGUGCACGUGCCGGCCCGAGGUGAGGGCGGUGAUUGAGGCGGCGAGUGAUGAGUGUUGUCGGGAGGCUUGUGAUGAUGGGACGCCGGAGGUUUACUGGCGCCCAUGCUUGCACGAAGACGAUCCGUUGCAUUAUUAA